AUUCGACUGGUGGGACAAUCUAUCUGCUCUAUCUAGCAAAACUUACAGACAUAGUGCCUUCUGGCUUUUAAUUUACGCACAAGCACGCUGCAAGCCCAACAUGUCGGCGCUCGCCCACAAACGCGCGCGCGGAGCAUCUAGCUCGAUGGACAAGGAGAACUACGCGCCCUCGUCGUCCACGAUGAACAAGCGCGCAUUUGGCAUCUCUAGCAGCUCCGUUGUGGGUGAGGGGAGCUCGCGCGGGCGCAAAGCUGCCAAGUAUGCCCAAUCGGACGAAGAAGAGGGAGAGCGCAGUGAAGCACACGUCGAGCGGUCUCAGCCAAAGGAGAGAAAGCGCAUCGCUAGCAAUGGCAGCGUCACUGCGAGCAAAAGGGCGGGUGCAGCACAUGAACAAAAGGGGUUAUCUGACGCGUGCGCGAAGCUUGAAUCGGAAGAUUUGGAUGAAGAAGUGGCUCCUCAGGCUGCUUCACGAGGCCAGGAGCGAACGAUGCGAGAGAUUGCAUUGCAAGAGAAAGUCGACAAACUCUCAAACGAACGCGACUUGGUCCAGGGGGAGCUUGACCAGCUGCGCGAGCUUCGGCACACCCAAGCCGAAAAGCAGUUUGCAGAGCUGAAACGCGCCAGCGAACAACGACGCAAAGACAUGCAGGAGAAAUACUCAGCGCUGCAAGCCCAGAUUGCAGCACUCGAGCGCAUGAAUGCAUCCUCCGCUCAGUCGCUGGCUGUGUCAGUAGCCUCUACUUCAGCUGCAACGCCGCGUGCAGAUGAUACCGAAACAGUCGUCGAGUUGGAAGCUGAGCUGGCGCGCGAAAGGAGCGAGCGUCGCAAGAUGCAGGAGGACUUCCAACGCCUGCAGCGCGAAUACGAAGCCGAAAUCGCCUCAUCGAAAGCGCUUCUCUCCGCAGCGAUGCCACAUUGUUCUAGCGCAGCCAGCAAGCCCACCAACCCACGCGAUGUCAAGUCGGCAACCGCGGCUGCUGGCGCUGGGGUCGGUUUGGCAGAGGAGGAAAAGGCAAUCCGCAGGCUGUACGAGGACUUGACGGGCAUGGUCAUUCGCUCGGUCGAGCGCCAGGACGAUAGCGGGGACUUUAAGACAUUCAAUGGCAUCUUUGCCAGCCAGGGCUACUAUGACGUACAAUUCUCCAUCGAAGAAUCCGAGUCGGAGCACUCGACAAGCUCGGGGCGGCUACGCAAGCGCCAGGACCUCGUCUUCGUCACGAGCCUGGACCAAGACCGAGACGCGGACCUGCUCAACGAUGUGCACGUACCUUCGUACCUCAAAGACGUCAUUCGGUUCGAACGCGCAUCCGGCCCCAAGUUUGUGGGCGCAUUCCUCAAGGGCAUGAAACAUCCCGGCGAACGCUGAGUUCACUGUCAGUAGUAGCGCCCUCUAUAUAUACCUUAGGUCUGCGCACACCCUCACCGAGCGUUAUGCGCGUGCUUGUUGUACAUUAGACAUUGC